ACUGACCCUCCGUGACACACGUGACCAUACGAGCGCUGAGCACUGCAUCCGCCAUGGGGGUGAAGACCAAAGUCUUCUUCCGCUGGCACGGCGUGCACGUGGCUUCGGAUGAAGAGGUGAGGGUCACUGGCAGCUGUGAUGAACUGGGCAGCUGGGAUACGAGUCAAGCGGUGCCCUUGAGCCGCGUGGAACAGUGCAAGAACUGCUGGUGGAGCGUUCAGGGUGUCCGGAUUCCGUUGAAGGAGCACUUCGAGUACCGCUAUGCCAUUUUUAAGGCUCAAAGCGACGACUUCUUACGAUGGACCGUGGAGAUGGAGGAACCCCACUUUGCCGUGGCCACCGGGCGGCACAUGACCCUGGAAGACGAUGGCGGCCGCUGCCGGGCGACCGGCGACGAUGAGAUCAUGCAGCUGCGCGCGAAUGCCUUCGAGCGCCAGAACUCGCACGAGACCCCGCCCCAGACGCCGCGGCCCUCGCCACGAAUGGGGUUGAGAAGCAAAUCGAUGGACCUCACGCAGCUAUGCGACGUGAGCCGCGACGACAAGGCCUUCUUGGUCUUUCGCAACCUACCGGUCGUGGUCACCAAAUCGGAGACCGGGGAGUGGCAGGUGGAGAAGAUCAGCGACUCCGCAGGCACGGCCUUGCCGCUGUUGAAGCACUUCACGCAAACCGACGCUCAGCUCCCGGCGGGGGAAGCCAUCGACAUCAAGGUGAAGUUCAUCGGAAACCCAGGCGUUUGCGUGGAAGACGAGGCGGAAAGGAAGAAGCUCUCUGAGAUCCUCGCGCAGCAUUCCUGCAUCCCUGUCUUCCUGGAUGCGGACCUUGUACAAAAGCACAACUUCUUCGCGGAAGAUUACUUGUGGCCCGUGUUUCACAACAUGAAGAUUUUCGAUUCCACCGUCACUGGAGAUGCCGAUAUGGAGUCCUUCGACAAGGCACUUUGGAAGAGCUUCUUAGCCUUGAACAAUGCUUAUGCGGAGGUCAUCACCAAUCACGGAGAUGAAGAUACCUUGGUUUGGAUCCACGAUUACGAGCUGGUGAUGGUGCCACGCUUCGUCUACCAUCGGAACCCAGACUUCACCACCGGUCUCUUUCUCCAUUGCGCCUUCCCCAGCACCGAGGUGAUGAGCUGCUUGCCGGUCCGAGAGGAGAUCUUGCAAGGGAUGUUGAGCAGCCGGCUGGUGACCUUCCAGACCUUCGACUACCUGAGGCACUUCAUGUCCUGCUGCUCUGAAGUCUUGGGUUGCCGCCAUUCCUUCCAGAAAGGCGGCAUCCUCCAGGUGGAGCAUGAUGCGCGGAGUGUGGUGGUCUUCGCGGAUCACUUUGCGAUCCCUUACAACCAUUUGGUCCGAAAGCUUUCUGAUGAGAAGGUCAUCGACCGGGCGCGCUCCAUCCAAAACGAGUUCAAGGGAAAGACCAUCAUCGGUUCCUACGAUCGCUUUGAUUGUUUCAGCGGCUUAGCGCUGAAACUGGGGAUCUUUCAUCGUUUCCUCAUGGAGUACCGCUCUCACAGGCAGAACGUGGUGCUGGUGCAGUACGUGCGUGCCCGCUACACCGACUCCAAACGGUUUGGCAUGGUCUCCUUGGAAGAGUUGCAGCAAAUGGCCGACGAGACCAACAAAGCCUUCGCGAAGACCGGCGAAGUCGUGGUGAAACUGGUCGUUGAGGAGACGAGCAGGGAGAAACAGCUUGGAGUUCUGCUUGCCACCGAUGUUCUGCUGGACACCUCCACGAAUGAUGGCCUCAACCUGAUUCCCUUCAACUUCUACGCGGCGCAUUCCCAGGACCACAAGGGCGUGGCAUUGAUCAGUGAGUUCUGUGGUUGCUCCUCCGUUCUCACAGGCGCCUUCAAAAUCAACCCGUGGAACACCUCGGGUGUGCUCUCGGCGCUGGACGAGGCCAUCAGUAUCUCCAAGGAGGACCAGGCGGAGAGGUUUCUCAAGGAUCAUUCCUAUGUCUCCUCGCAGACGCUGGUCCAGUGGGUGCACAAGAAUCUCUCGGAGUUGAAGGUCACGCGGAACAGCAACCUCAUGGCACACCGCAGCUCCAUGACAGGACCUCCGCAUAUCCAGGAGGACGAGGUGGUGAACGCUUAUCGCACCGCCAAAAAGCGUGCCAUCUUCCUGGACAAUGAAGGCACCAUCGCCGCCAAAGCGCGAUGGCAGAUCCAGUCCGGUGGCAUGAUGGCUUUGCAGAAGAAAGGGCAGCCGCCAGAUCCACAAGUCCUAGAUUUGCUGCAAACCUUGGUGAACGACCGAGGGAACACCGUGGUGGUCUUGAGCGGGCGCACCAAGGAGGUCAUGGAGGAGUGGUUCAGCUGCGUGGAUGGCUUGGGACUCUGUGCCGAGCAUGGCUUUCACCGAUGGCCACCGCGCUCGCUCCAGGGCGACGGCUUUGGUGUGGGAUGGAGGUCCGAAGGCCUUUCGGACGAUAACCAGGAGUGGAAGAACUUGGCCAUCGAGUUGAUCCAGCAAUAUGUGCGGCGCAUCCAGGGCUCCAUCCUCGAAGCCAAGGCCUGUGCCAUCAGCUGGAACUAUCGAGAGGUGGGUGCAGCUGGUGUGAUCGAUGACGUGGCCUUGGAAUUGAUGAGGUUCUUGGACCCGGACAGUCCCAGUGGCUUGCUCCAUGGCUACCCAGUGAAGGUCUUCAUGGGCAAGGGCUAUGUUGAGGUCAAGCGUGCGGAUGUCGAUAAGGGCGCCGCUUGCGUCAAGACCUUGGAGGAGAUGGGUUCGGUCGACUUCGUCCUCUGUGUGGGCGAUGACACCUCGGACGAGGACAUGUUCCAGGCGGUGAACCGCUACUUCCAAGCCAAGGGAGAUGUGGGAGGGCUCUCCAGCGCUUUAUCCCAGAGCUCCAUGGGCUUCAAGAAGAGCGGCUGUGGGUCCUUGGCCUCCUUGGAUGGCCUGGACGUCUCGCCGGCGGAGUCCCCAAGGAACUCGGUGUCGCCCAAGGAUCGGCCCCGGCCGCCUCCGCGCGUGGCCUUCACCGAAGACUCCGUCUCGGAGUUGCCGCUCUCCGCAAACUCUCCCAUUAUGCGGACGCAGGUGAUUCCCGCGACGCAGGUCUUCACCGCGACCAUGGGCCGCAAACCCACCCAGGCCAAAGCCUUCUUUGCGGAUGUGAAUGAGCUGACCCACUUGCUGAAGAAGAUCGCGACCGCUGCCAUCGUAGCUGGGCUGAAGGGCUUGAAAAGGUUCGACCCAAAGUCCUGAAAGAGAACCCAACGUAGGUAGGCUGUCGCUCUUAGGUUGGAGGCCGUCGCUCUUAGGUUGGAAGCCAUCGCUCUUGGGUUGGAGGCUAUCGCUAUUAGGUUGGAGGCCAUAGCUCUUCCCCCUGCCGACGAAUUCAUGAACCCUGAGAAUUGCCUGUGGAAGACCAUGUUCCUCUACAAUGCAGUGGUUUUGAGAGUCCACGUUAAUCUGCAGGAAGGUAGAGCCACUUGUUUUGGCGAUAUGAAUUGAGAAGCCAAAGUAAACUGGUGAUUAGUUGGAAGUGUGUUGCUUCUUUGAUUUACCUUUAUACCAACAUACAAACAUUUUGUGCUUCACUUGCUAUUUGACCAAGGAAACCAUUGUUAGACGCUGUGAGGUUUCAGGAAGGGGACAGACAGCUCCGGUCGCCACAGAGAACUUUUGCGAUACAGUUCCAACUGCUGUACUUUUGCUGGACUUCCCCAGCACAGUUGGAUAUUUGAUCCAACUUCUCUCAGCACCCUCAAUGCCAGGUUUUUAGUUGAGGAGUUGGGAAGGGCCGGUAUCCUCAAGUCGAACCAGCAGGGUGACCUGGCAAGGUGGGUGGUCUAUCCGGCACCUCAGGUUCGGUGGUACUUGACCCCUAUAUCCGGCACCCACCCCAACCAUCAUCGAAACGGAGGCAGUUGGAGCCCUAUAGGGCAUAUUAUCUGAGAGGAGACACGUACUUUCGAUUGAUGUGGGCUAGAUUUGCGCCUUUCGAUCGUCCUCAGCGCGGCUCCUUCUCCCGGUAUUCUUCGAUGCCGAUGCUGAUGAAAGAGGAGGAUCUCCAUGAGCAUACCGAAGAGGAGGAGGAGCUGGCGGAUGCUUUCCGCCUUGGUCGGGCCACCACUGCCAGCAGCUUCUUGAAGAAGCCUGCCAACUUGGACAGCUGAGAUCCUGAUAGGGAUGACGGAGGUUCACAGACGAUGUACCAAAUGCAUCCCAAAUUCUCCUUAAGCUCUACCAACUUUGCCUUUACG